AUGUCCGCCGCCGCCGUUCAGAGCCACGCAGAGGGGCACCCUGACCUCGAGAAGGUCAACACAGCGGGCGACAACAGCAAUGGCAGGACAAACGCUUAUGACUAUGGCGGUCACCCCAUGGCACGUCUUCACACCGGUGGAGAGGACAGACUCGCUCCCUUCGGUGGAGAGUUUCAACCUGGUCUUUACAGGCCUGUAAAGGAAAGGAAGUUCGCCAAUCCCGCUCCUCUUGGUCUAUCCGCUUUCGCCCUGACGACAUUCGUUCUUUCCCUCAUCAACCUCAACGCCCGCGGAGUUGCUGCUCCUAAUGUAGUCUUGUCUCUGGCCUUCGGCUACGGAGGUCUGGUCCAGCUGCUAGCUGGUAUGUGGGAAAUGGCUGUUGGCAACACUUUUGGUGCUACUGCGCUGUCGUCCUUCGGUGGCUUUUGGAUCGCCUACGCCAUUCUGCUCACUCCUGGUUUCGCAGCACUCGGUGCAUAUGAGACAGCUGAUGAGGCAUCCGUUCUUGGAUUCUUCUUGGCUGGCUGGUUCAUCUUCACAUUCAUCCUACUCAUACUCACCUUGAAGUCGACCGUCAUGUUCUUCCUCCUGUUCUUCACCCUGGAUCUCGCAUUCUUGAUGCUUUCCUGCAGUGAAUUCGCAGCUUCUAAUGGCAACCCCUCUGCUUCCUUGACACUCAAGCAUGCUGGUGGCGGCUUUGGCCUUCUGGCCGCAUUCUUGGCCUGGUACAAUGCUUUCGCCGGUAUGGCUGACCACACCAACUCAUUCUUCCUCAUUCCUGUUAUCCACUUUCCCUGGUCCGAGAAGGGCCGUGAGGCUCGUGGCAAGACCGCUCGCGAGACUGUUUAA